CUCAGAGGCAGUCACACACCAAUUUGCACACAGACCGUGGAAAAAUAGGGGCAGAAGAUGGCUGACUUUACCGGGCAUCGCGAGCCCUCAACAGCAUCAUCAACAUCACCCGGGCUGUUCCCAAGCUUGACAUUCGCGGUUAGGCAACUUUAAAUCAGCCCCGCCUUAUCCCAGCCAUCCACCACCGCAAAUAUUGACAGAGCUAUUGUAAACAAUGGCAGAGAUGGAAAAAGAGGGCAGACCCCCCGAAAAUAAAAGAAGCAGAAAACCGGCUCACCCCGUGAAAAGGGAAAUCAACGAAGAAAUGAAGGUUCGGGCUGAGCGGGCCCGCCCAUGGGCAGGCAUGGCGGGUGAUCUCCAUGGCAACCCACCCUACUCCAUGAGUUUUGCAGAGAACACUAUGAACGAGCUGCUGGGCUGGUACGGCUAUGACAAGGUAGACCUGAGAGACCAGGACAACAUCGACAUACGGAACUACCCAGAUGGAGAGGUACAACACAUCUCUGUCCUGAAAGAAAAAUCUUUGCCAAAAAUCCCAGGAGGAUCGGGGGAGAACAGCGAUGUCUCCCCAAACCAAGUCAAUAGCUCCCACUCUACAUCAACAUCAAGGAAUGGAGUGACAGAGUCCUCCACCACCCCAUCCACCUCCACACCCAGCACCAGGGAGCAUGGGAGCAUGCCGAUCAUAGUCCCACUGAUCCCACCCUCCAUGAUCAAGCCACCAGCAGACGAGGAUGUGUCUAACGUCCAGAUCAUGUGCGCAUGGUGUCAGAAGGUUGGCGUCAAACGCUACUCCCUCAACAUGGGCACUGAGCUAAAGAGCUUCUGCAGUGAGAAGUGCUUUGCCGCCUGCCGCAGAGCCUACUUCAAGAGAAACAAGCUUGGAUAUUUAAGGAAUUACAGGGCGAGAGACGAAGACGGCCAUGGUGAGAAAUUACCCCAGCACAGCUAUUCUAAGGAUACGCCCAGGCUUGUCUUCAAAACAAACAGCGAUGUGCUUGUGUGUGACUGGUGCAAACACAUCCGCCACACCAAGGAGUACCUGGACUUUGGUGCCGGUGAACGGAGGUUGCAGUUCUGCAGUGCCAAAUGCCUGAACCAGUACAAGAUGGACAUCUUCUACAAAGAGACUCAGGCGGCUCUGCCAGGGGGCCUGUGUAACCCAGGACACGGCCCUGUGGAGGGCAAGUCAGAGAGCAGCACUGGGUUGCAGCUUUUAACACCCGAUUCCUGGGGCACACCUUUGGGUGACUUACGUCGCAAAGCCCCUUCUCCUGGGGCAAACCCCUCUGUGCCAGUCCCCUCCAGCUCCACCGCUGCCUCUCCCUCUGAGACAGGCACCAUCUGCUCUCCUUCUUUCUCGUCCGCCAAAAACUCCACACCCAGACCCCACGAGAGUCCCACCUUACCCCCUCACCCACACCCCUCUCUGCACCCUCCCAUGGGAAUCCCCUCGGGCAGCCCCCCCAUGGUGAUGACGCCCCGGGGGCCCGUGCCCCUGCCCUUCUUCAUGGAACAUCAGAUGAUGCAGCAGAUGCGCCCUUCGUUCCUCCACCCACCUCCCCACCGCCCAGGCCCCAACAGCCCUCUGUCCAACCCAAUGAUCCCUGGCAUCGGGCCACCACCCCCACCACCCAGAACCAUGGCUCCACCAUCCAGCCCUAUGCACAGGCCCCAGUUCUCACCCCACCACCACCCCUCCAACAACCCCAACCUUGGAGGGAACCCUCCAGGGAUGAUGCCACCCUAUCCAGGCCUACACAUACCUGGUUUUCCUUUCACCUCCAACAUGAUGCCAAACGGGCCCAUGCAUAUGCCGCACAUGAUGAACUUCGGUAUACCUUCCCUUGCCCCCCUGGUGCCCCCACCAACCCUGCUGGUCCCUUACCCUGUCAUCGUGCCCCUGCCCGUGCCCAUCCCUAUACCCAUACCCUUCCCCUUCAACCCCAAGACCUCCAAGGACAACCCCAGCAGCAACAACGACCCCAUUCCGAGUGCUUCGGGGGAGAACACUGAUCUGACGGAGCCCAAGCCUUUCUACUCUGGUUCCUCCAAAGGGGAACUGAAGUUGGGGCCCUUCCGUUCUGGGGUGCACUCCUUGGGCUUUUCUGGCUAUACUCUGGACCGCUUUGGCUCUGAGAGAAGUAGGAUUGGUGUGGUGGACCUGACCGUGAAGACUGAGAGUACGGAGAGUGCCACCACCUUGGGACUCUCGCUCUCUGGUGGCCCCGCAGCCUCCCUCUCCGAGGGAGUGAUCGACCUGACUCUGGGCCAGCGGUCGCGGCUGCAGCAGGUCACCCAGCGGGUGGUGCCCAGUGUCCAGGUGAAGGUGGAACCGGAAGGGGACUCAUCCAGCCCCCCACCCUCUGGACCAUCCUCUCUUGAUGUAUCUGGGAAGGGGGACAGCAGCCUAGAGGACAUGAGCCAGGAGGUCAGGGAGGCCAUUAGUGUCUCUCUGAAGCCAAACUCUCUAUCUUGUUGCCAGGCCACAUCACCAUCCCCCCAGCCAAAUGAAAACUCCUACCUCACCCAGCUCACAAACCACCCUGGCACCACACAGACCCAGCCCUGCAACCUCGCUGCCCCCUUUAAUGUCAUAGUAAACGGCAGCAGUCAAUCCACAGACAGUCCCGGCAGGAGCACGCUACCCACACCUCAGCCUGACCCUGGUCGGAGAGGAGGAGGUGGUGAACCGGCCAACUGCGAGCUGGAGCGGGAUGCCCUGAAGGAGAACAGCUGCACAGUGGCGGAGUGGGAACCAGGUAAGAGAGGCCCGAGUGACGAGGCAGCACAGGGGGGCACUGAUGAAGGCAAGCUAGAAGCUUUCUGCGACCUUAUGGAUCUAGACGAUGAUGACGACCACGCCUAUGCACUGCUGCUGCCCAAGGCUGGCUGUGUUAUUCAGCCCGGGCCAAAGCCCAGCGACAAGACAACCAUUGUGUCCUAUAGCAUCAGCGCUCCUCUGGCGGCAGGGAGCCCCGAGCUGGAGCCGCCGUUAAAGAGGAGGUGCCUGCGAAUACGCAAUCAGAACAAAUGAGGCAGAAAAGGUUGGUCUCAUGGAGCCCCCUACUGAGGAUCCAAAGAGGUCCCCCUCUCAUAAUCUCUGCCUUGUACCUGUCCCUACUACAGGUGGUGUGGAAAUGACAGCUUUUUUUGUGCAAAUGUCACACAAAAAGGUCUUCAUAACAUUAAGAUGUCUGAUUGAACUAUGUGGAGAGUGUUUGUGCUGCUUUGCAGCAUAUGUUGAUGUAUAUAAUUGCACUGAUGUUUGAUCGUAUUGUUUAAAGAUAUAUAAAAGUUUCCUCAUCAAGCAUAAACUGACCUUUUUUGUCUGCAUAGAUGUAUUGCAAAGUUUCCCUCUCACUACUGCCCUCGCUGUAGCUUUCGACCUGAUCUGAGAGGGGUGCUGACAGAAAUGUACCAGCAUCAGGGAAGAUAUACUCUGAAGUCAGGGUUGAUAAAAAGCUAAUGCUAUUUUAGUCAAGCAUGCAGCAGUAAAAUCAACUGGAUCUGAACGAGAGAUGCGUCUGGUUGAAAAAUAGACCUGUAGAAUGGGGAUUCCCUUCGUCUGAUCUAAUAUGUCUAAUUCUGGAUCCUCUUUCUUGUUUCACAUUUCAGCUCAGAAAGGUGGCAGUAUUUCCCCAACAGAAUGAGGGACACUUUUGAAGCUGUUGACUACACUAGCCUUCAACUAUCCGCUCCUCCACUCCACGAACCUCUCUCCCAGCCAACCAGCCAUGUAAUCCUAAUCUUGACCACACAGACCACCCACACUGCCCGUCUCCCUUCCAAAGCAAAUGCUCUGUCAGAUCUCUGCUCUCCGACCGGAGAAGCCACAAUGCUAACCCAAUAGAUUUACCAACAGUUUUAUGUUCACUGGAAGAGUCCUAAGGUAGCAUUUUUAGCCAGUCUGUCCCACAGUGAAAGGGGGAGUUUUCUUGUGGCAAGAAAUUCAGGCUAAAGUCACCCCACCCCACCUCCAUUUGCAUGAUCACAACCAGUACAAAAUGCUAACCUCCAACCCCCAUCCCACCAUUGACAGUAACAUGACUUUUGUUUUUAACUGGUAACCAAAAAGAGACAUCUCAUGAUGGAAGGUAACAAUCAGAAGGAGACAUUUUUUGAUCCUCGUUGGUUCAGGAAUAAGAAGGAAAAAGAGGAGCGGUGAAAUCCUUGUGUUCUGACUGUAGCGCUCUCCAUCCCUGGAGAUACCAAGGCCCCCUGCCACCACAGAGCCGUUCUCUUGUAAAGCAAUGGGGAUAUCUCCACAAUAAAAGGAGACCUUGGCACUAUUGAUCUGCUCCUCUUCAGUGAGUUUCAUGGUCAUAAAAGACAAGGAUUUUCAUGUAUAUCCUCACUCACUGAUUUGUGGACAACAGGGUAGCGAUCUCACCAGCAAAUGAUGGUGGGCAACUGUGGACUAUGUGCAAUCUCUGCCAUCGUGGAGGCCAUUUUGCAUCUCUGCAAGCCCCUGGUCAGACCGGAUCAGAUGUGUAAUUCUAAUUCUUAUCAUAAUUUAUAUAUUUACAUUUUUCACAUCCUAAUGCUAUUGAUGAUAAUGAUGUACUGUAUCUUCAGCCACAUCUCUGCUGUUAUGGUAAUGGAGUGACUUCCAUCAUGGAAGCAAAAACAGGACUGCUGCUCAUCACACCGCUAAGGGAUUACGUCAAUCAGGAGUUGAGACCACACCCAUUAGCAUUGUUUCAUCACUAGUGUUCAGGGUUGUAAUGCUGCACUAGGAUUUACCAUUGACAAGUGAUGCCGACUCUCUCUUACAAUCAAAUUUGCUUGUCAUUCUUGGAUAAUUUUCUGGAAACAAUGGUCCAAACUAUUUGUCAAGCCAAACUACUGAAAAAAAAUGUAACAAUUCUUUAAUCAGUCACACAUGUUGUUAUAGUCAUAUUUACAUUCAAAUUUUUUUUAAACAGUUAUUUAAUAUUUUAUUUAACUAGGCAAGCCAGUUAAGAACUAAUUCUUAUUUACAAUGAUGGCCUACCCCGGCAAAACCUGGACGACGUUGGGCCAAUUGUGCGUCCUAUGGGACUCCCAAUCACAGCCGGAUGUGAUGCAGCCUGGACUUUUAUUAUGAUAUGGGGAAUCAUCUCACUUCCCUGUCCUUCAUCCUGUUCUACAUUUUGUCAUUUUCCAGUGUUAAUCUGUCUGGAUUAUAAAAUUUUGUCAGUUUAUUUUGCUUCAUCAGAGUUUAUGCUGCCGGUAGACACUAACAUUUUUGCCAUCUAUUUAUUUACUAUGUUUUGGUGUCAUUACGUUUGCUAUGGCUUCAUGGAGGAAUUGUUUGCUCAAUUAUCUUGUAUACCUAGUAUGUCUUCAAAUCUUUUGGUGCAAAGAUUAAACGAUUUCUCCCCCAUAGACUUCUUUCAACAUCAAAUUAGCUUUUUCGAUUUUCAUGUGCAAUCUUUCCUGCCAAAUCCUCCACCUUCUUGCCAACUUCUUUUUCCAUCUCUCCAUUUCCCUUUGAGUCUGAACCUUUUUUCUCUUCCACUGAACACCAAUGGGAAAUGUCAUGUCACACCCACUCCAGCGCUAUGGGCUGCAUGUUUUAUUACAGAAAUAGGAGAGUUACACACAAACACAUACACAUGCGUGCAUUUACACACACACACACACACACACACACACACACACACACACACACACACACACACACACACACACACACACACACACACACACACACACACACACACACACACACACACACACACACACACACACACACACACACACACACACACACACACACACAGAGAGGUGUCAAAAGCAACAACUCGCCACGCUCUAUGAUGUACUCUCUCUUUCACACGCACAUACACUAACUAAAAUUAAGUUUAGAUAUUAAUUCUCUUUCCAUCCAUGUAUUGUACUAACUCCUCUCUCUUGACUCCCUUCCUGAUGACAGUAGUGUUUGCCAAUGUUCAUAUUAGAGUCGGUUGACUCUGAGUAUGCACUGCAACACAAUCUGCCAUGUGUUGAUAGUCAGGCAUUUAGGCAUUGCCUGUCCCGUGCCAAGACUGAGAUUCUGUGUCACAGUAAUCAUUGCCUUGAAUUUCAGUCUCUCGCUUAUUAUGAUUUUUUAUAUAUAUAUUUUUAAUGUGUCUUAUAUUUCCAGACUCGGCCACCUAGCCUUUGUAGUUAGAAUUAUAGUGCACACUCCAAGAGUAGCAAUUCAUUUUCAAACAAUUCAAUUUUGUACAGACUAAUUCUCAAUGAUUCCAACCAAAAUCAGAGAUCACAUAAGAAACAGAAAUUCUGAGGACUAAUUUCCAUUUCUUCAUUCACUUUCACCACCAUAUGUAAUGUGAACCAGAGAUACUUCGACAAAUAUAGCCUUGAAACUGGAAACGUGUAGUGUCUACGGUUCUUGACAGAUGUGGGAGACAGUUGAAACUGAGACAAUGAAACAGGUCGGGUUUCUGUCUGAUUGCAACAAUGUGUUUUCCGGUCUGUGCAUGCACGUGUUGAAUUGAUAUCAUCUGACCAUUGCUGUCUUUGUCUGGGUGCAUCUCAGUUAAAAAAUAAACAUAUGUAAUGCUUAGAAUUACCACUAGGUGGCAGGGUAGAUAUCCUUUGCUGCCAACACAGUGGGCCUGAAAAUACAACCAUGAUAAUUUUUUAUUUUUUUAGCAGAGCCCCCUUCUAACACUUCCACAUACCUUUGAGUGGCCCUGACACAUAGACCUGCUCACCCGAACACAACGGCAACAACACACACACACCUUAAUAUCACCUUCAUCGUUGUGACCGAAAAGGCAAUUCAACCCUCCAGUGCCAGCAUCAUCAGUCUUGCUAAUGCUUACAGGAAUGAAGUGGAAAGCCAAUUGUAUUUGGUUAAAGUCAUCUGCCUAUUUUAUGGCGGAGAGAUUAAGAAUAAAAGAGAACAUUCAGCACCCAUGUAAUGAAAUUAAAUAGGCUAGGUCAACAGCCUAAGAUAUGCAAUGACAACUUCAUGUUCAAAAUCUUUAUGAAAGAGUAGAAAUACAAAACAAAAACACGACAUUUUUCAUGUCACUUUUCAAACGUGAACAGAAAAGCUGCCUUAACUCUCGCUUGUGUACUACUCCACAGUGCAUACGAUGAUGCUCGCUAGUAAGACUCCCUACUUUGUACAAAAGAAAAUAGACAAAAAAAACAACGUUGUUGUGUUGAUGUAUAGCUGAUCAACUUUUUUUGUGACUUGUAAACCCAACACUAACAUUUUGCUAAAAGACCCUUCUUCCUACAGCACCAACAACUGCAACUUGUCCCACGCAUCCCCCUAUCCCUUCUAUAUUUUAUCUUAUGGUGAAUUCUCAACCUUUUUGUGUAAAUUUUAUAGUAUUAUUUAUUAUUGACAAAAUUACAUUAUUUGGACUGGGCAUUUUAUUUACAUGUCAAUGCUUGGUGAAGAGUAAAUCGUUUCUUUUAUAAUUAAAGUGGAAAAAACUGCAAGAAAUGGAAAUAACCCUUGCCUUUUUAUUAUGAAGUUGUUACUAUAACUUGUUGCCAAGAUUGCUUUGAAAAUAAUAAUGUUGUUCUGUAACAGUAUUUGCUUUAUUCAGUGAAUUGCUUAUGGAGACUAAUAAAUAGAGGCACA